AUGGAGCCGCAUACGUCGUGCAGCGACGAGGAGGUGUCUCUGUACGGGGACCUCUUGGAGCUGCUGCAGCACUCGCGCCGGCGCGACGUACGCACCCAGGCGCUGCACGCAUGCGUCCAGUGCAGCAGCCACCCUUCUUUCCUCGGCUUUCUGAGGUCUCUCCUCAGCAAGCAAGCCCCGGUGGGUGGAAAACGAGAGGCCAGCGAGCCGAAGGAGGCAGCGGAGCGGAAAGAAAACUUGUCUCUCCAUCCCAGGGAAGAUCUAAAGCGCUUCGUUCUCUCGCUGCUUCGAAGCCUCGGACGAGAAGAGGAUGGAGCCUCCGCCGCGGCAGUGGAGGUCCUCAUCAACCUCUCUGCAGAUGAUGUGCUCGCGGACUACUUGGUGCGGCGCGAGCUGCAUGCGACGGACCUCGUCGUGGAUAACUUGGAGGAGCAGACGAAGAACAACGCGCCGCGUCACGCGAACAUCUCGCUCAUGCUUCUCACGAACUUGACUCGCAAGGAGGAGGCAAGUCUCGCACUCCUCGAGUCGAAACACGGCGUCCCGGGAUUCAACCUCGUGCGGCUCAUCAGGGUGCUAGAUGCGGCUGCGCGUCACCCAGCGCGGAAGUCCCGCACAGACAGCUACUGGCAAGAGGAAGGCUACUUCAUUCUCUCCAUUCUGCAGAACGUUUCCUCUUUGAAAGAGGGAAGAGAGAAGCUCUCGGGAGACCUCCUGCCUCAGCUCAACGCGAUUCUCUCGCUCCUCCCUCUUUUGCCCCCGGCCUGCCAUGCGCCGAUGCUGCGUCUGUGCCUCAAUCACUGUCUGGACAAGGGUCUACACGCGGCGAUCUGCGCGUUCCCUCCGCCUUCUUUCUCCUCCUCUUUGGCCGCGCGCCCUGCGUCGCCGACCGCGACGGACGAGCCUGCGUCUUCUGUGCCCCCGUCGCCUACGUCCACGCGCGACUCCACCGUCCCGCCCAACUCGCCCCCGCUGUCUCCCUCGUCGCCCGCCUCGCCCUCAGCGGCCUCGGCCUCCCGAGGCGACAGAGAGCGAGACCCCGCGGAGAACGGAUACGGCCCUGCGCUGCCCUGCUCUCUCCUUCUUGCGCUCGCCUGCUUCCUGUAUCCACCUAAAGGCCCCAGGCGCGCGUACCCUGGAGAGGAAAACGCACAGCAGCCCGGCCGUGACUCCGAGAAGCGCGAGCAGACGCAGGCCCCGAGUGAGGGCGCCGUGCCCUUUUCCGCGGGCGCCGGAGAGACAGAGACACCCAGACAGGAGCCGGCAGCCGCGGGAGAACAGAGCGCCGGCGGAGAGAGGAGCAACGCCGCAGAGGAAAAAAGAGUUCAAACCGACGCCGAACUCGCCCGACUCCGCUUCCUCCACCCUGUGGUCUCGCGCGACGCCUACGGCCCGGCCGGGAGCGUUCUGAGCCGCAAGCUGGUCGUGGACUGCCUCGCCGCCCUGGCCCUGACAGAAACCGGAAGAGUGAGCAUGCGAGAGAGCGGCAUCUACGAGGUCCUGCGCUGCGUCCACUUGCUGGAAGACAAAAAUUCGCCCGUCAGAGAGGAGAUUGAGAACAUGGUUCACGUCCUGGUCUACUCUGAGGAGGAGUUGAAGCAGCAGGACGAAGACCUCGCGCGAUCCGCGCAGAGGGCUGAACGGCAAGGGGGAGACCUGCUGUCCUUAGAAAAUAACGAGAAACGCGCGUUAACCGACGAGGCAUAG